AUGUCAGCCAAAGCGCCUUCGCGGUCGAGUGACCAUGAAAAGUUUAGCGAUGAGCAGUCCGGAUAUCGCGUCAACACUGCCGAUCCGGAUGCAGAGUUUGGAGGCACCGAGGCGCGCAAGGUUCUGGAGAAGAAGCUUUUGUGGAAGGUGGAUUGCAGGAUGAGUAUCCUCGUGCUCAUCUACAUUUUGAACUAUAUCGAUCGCAAUAAUGCUGGAGCUGCGCGUUUACGAGGAUUUGAAGCUGAUCUCAGACUUCAGGGUAAAGAUCGUAUGAUUCCUGUUGGCGUAAAGGGGAAUUGA